AUGGCUGUUCGUAUUGUCUCGUACAAUAUACUAGUGCCUAUCUAUGCUGAACAAGUCGAUUAUUAUGAUAAAUGUGAUCCGAAGUAUUUGAAAACUGAUUACCGCUGGAAUCUCAUACAAAAUCAGUUCGAACGGGAGAUUACUAAAUAUGAAAAUACCGUUGUUUGCAUACAAGAACUAUGUCUUUCUUUGCUACCGAAAUUGGAAAUUUUCUUUCGUCGAAUGAACUACAGUUUGUUUCAUAAUCUAUAUGGUGGGGAAUGGAACGAUUAUAUGGGAGUUGGAAUAGCUAUUCCUCUCUCGAUGCAACUCGAUGACAUAUCCUUCGUGAAAAUCGGUGAUUACAUCCGUUCAGUUUGUAAAAAAUGGGAAAAUCGAAUGGACCAGAAUCAGGACGUUUCAUGUGAAAACACAGAAGAAGUACCGGAUCCUUGGGAAGCAGCCAUGGAUAGGUCUAAUACGCUUAUUUGCAUGAAAGUAACGAUCAACAAAAGACCAUUAUGUAUCGGUACAUAUCAUAUGCCUUGCAUGUAUAAAUAUCCGGAUAUAAUGGCUAUACAUGCAUCGAUCGUUAAAGAUUUAGUAUUUAAAUAUGCUUCCGGAUGUAAUGUGAUAUUGGCGGGUGACUUUAACUUUGAGCCGACCACUGCUUGUUAUAGCGAAUUAACAAAAACAGGCUUUCCUGCAGGCUCUUUUCCGAAAUCGAAGGUCUAUGAAGUUUCCUACUGGCCGAAUACCGAACAAAUAUUGAAAAGUGCUUAUCGAGAAAAAAAUGGGUCAGAACCGGCUUAUACAAACUAUUCAUGUACAUUCGAUCAACCCGUUUAUUGCGAAACGUUAGAUUAUAUCUUCUUUGCUGGUCAAAUGACAGUAGAUGAUGUCUUGAAUCUACCCGAUCGUCCUAGCGGAAGAGCAUAUCCCGAUGAAACAAAUCCAUCCGAUCAUCUGUUGAUUGCCGCUUCAUUUCGAUUCUAA